UAUAUAUAUAUAUAUAUAUAUUGUGACAGUGUGGCGAUUUGUCACCCUGGAUUCUCAACAAGGCAGGUUGAGGGGCUCCAGGAUAAAGGUUUGAUACGGAGGAAAGUGGCUUUUCACUUUCCUCCUUUGUUUGUAAGGUCUGUUUUGGGAUCUGGAGCCUGGAGAUUUCAAAGAGAUCUGGGAGGGAUGAAAUCUCCAAUCCUGGGACCAGGUUUUGGGAAUGGCCAGGAGACUGAUGGCACAGGUGUGUGCAGGCCUUUUCAUAGAGUCAGGACCAGGGUUCUGGGCUCCACCCCGGCAAACGGAGUCAGGAGGACUCCAGCCUGGCAGACGGGAGUCAGGACCAGGGUUCUGGGCUCCACCCCGGCAAACGGAGUCAGGAGGACUCCAGCCUGG